AUGCCUUCUCCCGGGCCACCUCUACCGCCCGGCAUACUCGUGGAUGAAGAGAUCUCGCCAGUAUACGAUUCCAAGUACUUCUACCCUGCGAGGCCUGGAGAGGUACUCGCCGAUCGUUACCAAACCCUGGUCAAGGUUGGCUGGGGUGUGUCUUCAACAGUAUGGCUCGCGCAUGAUCUGCAUGGGCAUAUCGAAGAGCCAGAGAGCGUUGUGGCAUUGAAAAUCGCCAAUAACAAUGCGAGUUCCGCUUGUCAUGAGCGAGAGAUUGAAGAGCACAUUUCCACGGCAGAUCCAUCACAUCGUGGUCGCUCAAUUAUCCGCACAUUACUAGACUCUUUUGAAGUUAACGGCCCAGAAGGUUCUUAUUCGUGUCUUGUGUAUCCGCCUAUGAGGGAGCCAUUGUCGAUGUAUCAGCGGCGCUUUGACGAUAGAAAGAUGCCACUGCCCCUCAUUAAAACAUACAUUCGUGCACUCCUCACGGGGCUUGAUUAUCUUCACAAAGAAUGCAGGAUAGUUCAUACUGAUCUGAAACUUGAAAACAUCAUGGUCUCAUUCGAGAAUCCGACCGUGCUUGUUGAUUUCAUGGAUUCUCAGCUUGAAAACCCGACGGCUUUUAAGAUUGAUUCGACGGGACGACCAAUGUAUCAGUCCCGUAAUCGCUUCGGGCCCACUCAAAAGCCUGAGAAGUAUACCACAGCUUGUCGACUUUGGCUUGGCAACCAGACUCGAGGAAGACGACGACUGGAGUGUCUGGCCUAUUCAGCCGGACCACUAUCGGGCGCCAGAGGUGAUACUGGGUAA